AUGGACACGAAAGAGUUCGUUGACUUUGGCAAAGCGGCCAUCGACUUCGUGGCUAAUUAUACGGAUACCCUGAGGAACAGGAAAGUCCUCCCGGAUGUUGAGCCUGGAUAUCUCAGUGAACUAUUGCCGGAAGAAGCACCACAGAAAGCGGAAACUUGGCAGGAAGUUCUCAAAGAUGUCGAAGAAUACAUUAUACCAGGGGUAACUCAUUGGAACUCACCGCAUUUUCAUGCGUUUUAUCCAACAGCAAACUCGUAUCCUGCUAUCGUGGGUGAAAUUUUGAGCUGCGGUAUCAGUUGCAUCGGAUUUUCGUGGCUUGCAUCUCCUGCAUGCACGGAGCUCGAGGUCAUUACGAUGAAUUGGCUCGGAAAAUUAAUAGGAUUACCGAAGGAGUUUCUAAAUUGUAGCGAAGGCCCUGGAGGAGGCGUUAUACAGGGAUCUGCGAGUGAAUCUAGCCUGGUGUGUUUAUUAGCAGCAAAAGAACAAACAACACGUCGUUUGAAACAUCUUCAUCCAGAUUGGGACGAGGCUUCUAUUAAAUCGAAAUUAGUUGCAUACACAUCUGAUCAAUCGAAUUCCUCCGUAGAAAAAGCAGGAAUUUUAGCUUCAGUCACCAUGAAACUUUUACCUGCCGACGAUAAAUGUGUUUUUCGAGGUGAAACGUUAUUGAAAGCGAUCAAGGAGGACUUGGUGAAAGGUUUGAUACCAUGCUGUGUUAUAGCUACCUUAGGUACCACAGGCACAUGUGCAUUCGACAAUCUUGAAGAACUGGGUCCCAUUUGUAAUGAAUACAAUGUGUGGUUGCACGUCGAUGCUGCAUACGCAGGUGCUGCUUUUGUCUGUCCCGAAUACCGUUAUUUGAUGUCUGGGGUCGAAUAUGCUGACUCUUUCAAUAUUAACCCACACAAAUGGUUACUCGUGAAUUUUGACUGUUCUGCACUAUGGGUUAAAGAUUCUAGAAGACUCGUAGAAGCAUUCAGCGUCGACAGAAUUUAUUUAGCACAUGACAAGCAGGGACUUGCCCCGGAUUACAGAAACUGGCAAAUUCCUUUGGGACGUCGCUUUCGUUCUCUGAAGCUUUGGUUUGUUUUACGUCUAUAUGGAGUGGAAGGAUUACAGCAACAUAUUAGACAUACAAUAAAAUUCGCCGAAAUGUUUGAGGAAUAUGUUAAAUCGGACAGCAGGUUCGAAUUAGUGACAGAUAGAUCUAUGGGUUUAAUUUGCUUCAGAAUGAAGGGUGACAAUCAGUUAACUAAGGAACUUCUCAACCGUUUAACAGCCGAAAAGAAAAUCUACGUGGUUGCCGCAACUUAUUGCGAGAAAUUAGUCGUUCGAUUUGUGAUUUGCAGUCGAUUAACUACAGAAGAAGAUAUAAUAUUUGCUUGGAAUGAGAUUACGAAACAAGCGACAGAGAUUCUGCGAGCUGAGACUCCUUGUUUGGAAGAAAAACCGCAUGAGUCAUUCGUGAAAACUUCCGGUGACUUAGCGACGAGGAUUGAAAAUUUGAAUCUUGAAUCGAAAACGCAAAAAAUAUCGUAGAACGAAUUGCAAAGUAAAAGUAGGAAAUUAUACUUAACCAUUAGAGAACGAGCUACUUCUUCUUAGAUUUACUGCAUCUUUUUACUUAAAUUUUUAUAUUUGUAUCACAAUAUUAUGUGCACUACUAAAAAUAAGUAAUUUAGAAUUUCAUUUUGACGAUAUGAGACAAAAGUGGAAAAAUGUAGAAAGAUUAGAAAAAUUAGAAAAAUUGUCUUACAAAACUUCAUACGCAUAAAUCUUAAUAAAUAGAUGUAGUAAAGAGGACAAAAAUCUUUUCUUCGGAUGACGAAGACCUCAUUGUUCUACAAAUUUUAAAAAUUAGCAUGUUUUAAGUAUCAAUAUAAUUAUUUCAAAAUUUAUGUGAUUCUCUAUUGUCCCGUCAUGUCCUUAAAUAUUGUAAAGCAAAUUGUUUUGCACUUACUAAAUGGAUCCAGAAAAACAUUUAUCUGUCCUAAAUUGACACCAUCAGUAACUGUGAACUAACAAAGUUUAAUUCUACUACCAAAUUUGGUAUUAGAUAAUACCGUCGCGAAACAUACGAUGAUACUACAGUAGAAAAUCAGUUUAAAAUUUACAAAAUUAGAUAUUCGUUCUCUAAACGUUAAUUUUUUCAUUUUUCGACAUAAUUUCAAAGUUUUAAGUACCUGCUAGAGCUUUUAGUCUUCGUAGGAUGGUGAUUUUUAGUUUUAAGAAAAUGAGAUUUUUAAUGCAAAGGUUCAUUUAUAUUUGAUGAUAAAAUACUUAUUUGACAUCGAGUCUAUGAAAGUAAAAUGUUGAAGAUAUCUGAUUUGAAUUUAAAGUAGCAUGUGAAUUGUAUGAUGAAGGUAAAUAAUUGCAAAGUUCUUUGCCGGAGAGAAUGAAACUUUGUGAUUUAGUUUAAGUGCAAUCGUUGUAAAGUUUUUUCUGCUAAA